UGGGUGUGUUGGGGGUCUGAGACCGAGUCUCUUAGCGAGUCCGAGAAGAACAGUGACUUCCAGUCUCUUCUCAGCUGGGAUUCAAGCGUGGAUCUAGAAGUGGGGAACUGGAGGAAUACUGAACAGACAGCCAUGGGGGAACUAGAGGAGAGCAGCCAAGAGGAAGACUGCAGGGAGUUCAGCGAGCCUCUCUGGGAGGAGGACAGUGAAGACUGCCAAAAGGUAGAGACACAGUGUGAACAGGACAGCCUUCUCCAGUUCCUCUCAGAGGUAACCCACUUAAUGGAACCUCUCUGCAUUAGCAGCACAGAUUCAGCACAGAGUCACUGGGACUUUUGUGGCUCUGGGAAACAGGAUAACGGGGAAGAUGCAAGCUGCCAGGGAAAGACCAUGGGGUCAGCAGUCUCAGAAGUAGAAGAAAGUCAGCUGCAGAUCCUGGCAGAAGAAGAUAAGAAAGAGCACUUCCCAGAAAUAGAGGACGAGGCCCAAGAGGCACCUGGGGAAGAAGCUGCAGGUGAGCUGCAUCCUGAAGAGAAGAUUAAUCAGCCCUUACAUCAAGAUGAUAGAGAUAGCACAUCUGCAUCCUCCACCUUGGGAUCUGUGAGUCCUGCCUCCACACAGCUGGUGCAGCUGAGCUGGGAGAACCCCCUGCAACGUUUGCUCUUCAAGAGGACUCUCCUGUCCAUCUGGAAGAUGAUAGCCAGUCACAGAUACAGCGGCCCAUUCCUGAAGGCAGUGUCAGACAAACAAGCCCCAGGAUACAAGGAUGUGGUGAAGCGACCCAUGGAUUUAACCAGCAUAAAGAGAAACUUGUCGAAAGGCCACAUUCACACGAGUGCCCAGUUCCAGCGUGACCUCAUGCUCAUGUUCCAGAACGCAGUGAUGUACAACAGCUCAACCCACCACGUACACCGCAUGGCUGUGGAAAUGCAGCAGGAGGUCUUGGAGCAGCUGCAGAUGCUGGGUUUGGAUGUGGACUUGGUGUUUAAUGUCCCCGUUCCGCCCCGGCGGGUGAGGACUGGUCACAGGCCUGUGGCAUCCGCGUCCUCUACCAUGCCCGUGCCGGGAGGCUGGGGCUGUUUGCCAGUAAAGGCAGAUGUUGUGAAGAGAAACCGUGUUCCAGCCUGUGUUUGA